UCCUGACUCGGGAGAUUUUUAUUACCUUCGAGAUGAAUUCCACUGAUCUGAGAAAAAGUUUCAGCGAUCCGACCGAUGUUUUCGCGGUGCUCAUCUAGCGGUCCUGAAGCGAUUCCAAGUCCUUCGAAUAGAUAUCCGUUCCCAGUUUUAGUAUGAUUUGACGAACAUUUUUGUUCGUCCGUGUGCGGAACUAAGCCUCCAGAAUCUUUCAUCAUCCUCCAUCCCGAUACGACAUUCUGACACUUUAAUCCCUCUUCCUCUUACAACGCGAGCUUGGUAUCGACUAUGGCGGAGUUCUAGUUGCUUAAAUAUAACCUAAAUUACCUUAUACAAUAUCCGGCAGCUCACAUUAAUAGUUUUAUUAAUCCACACAUGGUAUACCCUUGAUUACCACGCUUCUGUGUACCUAGGUCAGUAUGUGACAAUCAAAGCAACUGAACCGCCAAGGUGCACAGAACUCAUUAAGCGUCGAAGCACAACAAAUUGCAUCCGUUAUUUAAUUGAUCAUGAAGAAUAUUUGCGAUAAUUGCAUUUGAGGUUAGGUUUGCACUUAAGCGCCGCUCUUAUAUAAAUGUGACAACUCCGAAAGACUUCUUUAUUCGGUCAGAACAACUUCAAAGAAACGACUGACAAAAUGAUGACACAACAGCAGAAUAAAUUUGAAGUAUUGCGGUUUUUGGUGCUGCUAAUUUUGUUAGUCACUGAGCUACAAGCUGGCACGGUACGCGAGAAUGGCGCGCAACCAGGCGACCAACGAGCUCACGGAUCAGGUGGUGGCGCACCAAAUGACUACGGUCCAGCUAUAAAAAUCACUUCGAGCGUCUUACAGCUGUCGAAGUCAAUGGAGGGCAGCACCGCUUUAGGUAAUCUGGGUUUGGAGCACCAUGAGACCACGCUUGAGCAUCCUUGGCCGAUCACAGGUAGUUAUCAAUUGCCUGCCGCGCAAACUGUUUGGCUGGAAUUUCCCGCAAAUCAUCAACCGGACUUCCAUUUGAUUGCCGUACCAGAUGUAAGCAAUCAUCAGGAUCACUUUCCUCAACCGCAUGCUGGCGGUACCGGUGUUAGUGGCGUCUCCGAUGAGUCCAGCUCCACUUUAUCGACUGGGUUACAUACUCAAAUCAUAAGUAGCGGUAAAGGUGUGACUCAUAUUAGUGAUAAUCUUGAUUUUGGUGAUGUUGGCGUGGAGAAAGCCAAGGCUACUCGCCGUACAUCUUAUGGUAGAUAAGUGGGGAGUGCUUUUAAAAUGUGUCUAUGCAUUUUAUUCCAUAUAAAAAAUAUAUGGCAACGCUAUGCAAUAUUUUCUAAUAAAUUACAUUUUGGUAUUAAAUUUUGUUUCAAAAUAUUAUUAAAAUCUGAGUUAAGUGGCAACUCUUUAAAAAAAAAACUCUGAAUCAACGGUGUUCAAGUGAAAGGUCAAACAAGGUUAAAAAUCCAUCUUUAGAUAAA